AUGGAGAACUAUCAUGAGCUGGUGUCAAGCACAAAGGUGAUAUUGGAUGGAUCCAACUACGGACUUUGGAAGUCACGAAUGAGGUCUAUCAUUCUAGGGAUUGAUGCCAUGGCGUGGAAAUCUGUGACAACUGGAUGGUCAGAACCAAAGGCUAAGGACGAGAAUGGUGUUGAAUCCAACAAAGAAGAGGAACUUUGGACCGAGACAGAACUCAAGAUGGCGAAGUUCAACUCCAGAGCACUUUCAGCUAUACACGCCAGUGUUACAAAGAAACACUUUGAGCUGAUUCAAGGAUGUGAGACCGCCAAGGAAGCAUUGGAAAUACUGCAAACUCACUUCGAAGGAACGUCAAAAGUGAAGAGCUCACGACUGGAUUAUCUAGCAUCCAAGUUUGAGAAUCUCAAAAUGGGAGAAAGUGAAUCAGUUGAAGAAUUCAGUUCACAUCUCAGUGACAUAGCUCAGGAAUCCUUGGUAUUGGGAAAUAAAUACAAGGAUAAGAAGCUGGUCAAGAAGUUUCUAAGGUGUCUACCAUCUAAGUAUACCACAUACAAGGCAGCUAUGUCAGUCUCACUGAACACAUAUGAGAUAAGCUUUGAUGAAGUAGUAGGGAUGCUGAGAGCACAUGAAAUGGAGAUUGGCAGAGGAAAGAAAGGAAAGGGAGUUGCACUGGUAUCACAAGAUUCAGAUGACAAAGAAAAUGACGAUGAUCCAGUAAGUAUGCUUGUUAGCGAUUUGACAGAGUCCUUCGUAGAGUCGAAUCAGGUCAGAGAAGAGGAAGUACAUCACAACGUGCUGCAGAAGUGUCAUGAGUGCAAGGGGUAUGGACAUUACAAAACUGAUUGUCCAACUGUUCGAAGGAGAGAAAUCAAGUUCUACAAGUACAAAGGAAUUGGACAAACUCAACUGGAACGCGUCAACGAUCAGAAGAGGAGACGUGAGAAAUCUAUGAUCGGAAUUGAUGAGAUAGAUUCAGAAGAAGACAGUGAUGAAGAGGAGCUGGCUAACUUCGUAGCAUUCAUUGGCAUCACAGAGUUUGUGGAAGGAGAAACUGAUACUGAUGAUGAUCAGUCAAGUGCAGAUGGUGAUGAUGGAAUUAUCUAUCAAGAACUGUGUCAGACGGUAGUUCAGAUUGGUAAGGAGAAUCUAUGUCUCAAAAAGGAGAAAAGCUGGCUGGAAGACACGGUGAUAAACCUCAAGAAAAAACUUGAUGAUAAAAGAAAGAAGGAGGCAAAUACCUCAGAUCUGAAAAAGGAGAAUGUACGACUUGCUGUUCAUAUUGAAUUACUAGAGAAACAAGUGAAAAACGAGAAGGCUCGAUCAUCGGACUUAAAUGCCAAGCUGGAACAUCAUUACAAGACUACUUCUCGAGGUCUAGGAUACACUGGGUAUGGAAAGAGUGAUACAGAACCCAUCAAAUUUGUGCCAAGCUUAAACUCCACAGGGAGAACAACAACUGAAAGUACUACCUCAAAGACUGGUGCUGAGAAAGUUAAGAAUCUCCAGAAGGUGGGACGAUCAGAGAUUCAGCAGGAGAAAGGAUGUUACUACUGUGGAAAACCGGGUCACAUCAAGAAGAAAUGCUAUCACUUUCGGGAAAAAGUAAAUCAGUUGCUGAGACAAGGAAAGUACUGGUGGAAUGGCUCUCGAAAUCAAGUCUGGAUCAGGAAAUCUGACUUAGGACGUGCAACAGUGAAACCAACUCAACGAUCUAUUCACGGAGGACCGAGAUGCAGCAUGGCACUUGUAUCAGAAGCAAUAACAUUGAUAUCCAAAGAUGAAAAUCCAUGGUGCUUCGACACUGGUUGCUCCCGUCAUAUGACAGGAACACGCAAAAAUCUCAGAGAGAUAAAGCCAUUGAAAGGGGGUAGAGUCACAUUUGGAGAUGGAAGCCAAGGAGCGAUCAAAGGCAAGGGAAAGACUGUUGAAACCAAACCACCUCUGAAGGAUGUGUUCAUAGUCAAGGGAUUAAAAUCAAACAUAAUCAGCAUCAGUCAAUUGUGUGAUGAAGGGUUGGUAGUUCACUUCACAAGGAGAGAGUGCAAAGCUGUGAAUGAGGAAAACAUAGUCAUACUCCAUGGAAUUGCUAUGUAUGGCAGAGUGUACAACAGUGCUUUGUUGCACAUGAUGAAACGAGUUUGUGGCAUCAAAGACUUGGUCACAUGA